AUGGGAGUAGAGGAUGAGCUCCGCUCGCACCUUAAAAGUGACGAUGGACAGAGUCAUUACAUUAAGCCCAAAUUGGGAACAGUUACAGAAGGAAACCCUUUAGAUCUGAACAACUUACCUGAGGACCACUCCAGAUCAGACAUAUCUGAUAAUGUUCAUCACCAUUCCUUUGCUCCUCCUUCAAGCGGCGGCGGCGGCGGCGGCAGGAAAAAGAAAAGCACCAGCCCCGGUGAGAAGGAGCCCCCCAAUAAGGUCUACCAGUGCAGAUUCUGUUCCCUCAAAUUCUGCAAAUCUCAGGCCCUCGGCGGCCACAUGAAUCGCCAUCGCCAAGAAAGGGAGACAGAAACACUGAACAAGGCACGGCAUUUGGUGUUCACCAACGAUUUGGUUAAUCCUCACUUGCCUUUCAUUUCAUCUUCAGGGGGCGAGGGAGCACUGCCGAUGAGAUCAAUGUACCACCACCCGCCGCCGCCGGCGGGGCCGUACGUUUACAGCUCACCGUCGCGGGUGGUGUCGUUCCCGGCGGCGGCGCAAUCGCAACACGACCGUUAUUUGGGGAAUCUUCUCCCGGCCUACGGCGACGCCAUUGUCGGAGAGCCGGUGAGAGCUGCGGAAUCGGCCGCCGGCGGCGGCAGCGGGGCAGACGGCGGAGGGAAGAAGAGGUGGUACAGCUGAAGGACAGAUAUGUGAAAGGGACGAGAAGAUGAAAAA